AAUUCCACAUUCCCACUCCCUCUCUCGUAUCGCGACUCCAGCUCUCCUCGCCACCGGACGCCUAGACGCCGCUCUCGCCUCCUCCAGACUCCUAGACGCCGCUCUCGCCUCCUCCAGACGCCACUCUCGCCUCCUCCCCUCUUGUCUCCCGUUCUACUCGCCUCCUCCUCUCCGCUCUCUCCGGCGAGACCGUCGCCUGAGUUUCCUCGUCUUCACGCAGGUUGUAGCAGUUGCCAAUGAUUUGAAGCUUAUGGCAUUCUUCAGAAAAGGAAUUGCAAAGUUGGCGACAGAGGCUAUAUCUAAUAGAAAAACUCCUUUCAUAACGUUUGUCUUGGGUGGUCCUGGCAGUGGGAAAGGAACUCAAUGUCAAAAAAUUGCUGACGCCUUCAACUUUGAACAUAUAUGUGCUGGUGAUCUAUUGAGAGAGGAAAUGUCCUCCAAUAGUCAAAAUGGAGUAAUGAUCCGUAGCAUAAUCAUGGAAGGGAUGAUUGUUCCUUCAGAAAUAACUAUCAACUUACUCAAGAGAGAAAUUCAUUCUUGUGGGAACAAUAAUAAGGUUCUUAUUGAUGGUUUUCCUAGAAAUGAAGAAAAUCGCAUAACUUUUGAGAGGAUUGUUGGAGUAGAACCAGACCUUGUGCUUUUUUUUGACUGCCCUGAGGAGGAGAUUGUUGAACGAAUACUAAAACGGAAUCAGGGAAGAAUUGAUGAUAACAUUGACACAAUAAAGAAAAGGUUGGAAAGUUUCAAGAAACUGAGUCUUCCUGUAAUAGAUCAUUAUACUGCAAAAGGGAAAGUUUACAAGCUCAAAAAGUACCGAUGGAUGGACACAGACAAACAAAGGAGACUGACAAAUUGUCAUGAAGGAAAGAGUGCAGUUAAAAAAGGCAAGGAUGAAAGCAGAUUGAGGCUGCCUGAGGCAUCCCAGCCAGAUAUGAAUGGUUAAAAAGUGGUCCUGCAUUAAUGGAAAGUUGUAGUCUUGCUCUUUCUUUUUUUCUCCUAGUUACCUUGGCUAACUGUUUCCUUAAGAAAAUAAGGUAGGAUCUGUAGAGCUGGAUUUUUGUCAACUCUUUGGUUAUUCCAUGAUAAUAUGCCUGACCUCUCAUGGAUGAAUGCAUACAUCUCUCUUACCCGCU